AUGCGAUUGUCGCACGCAAUUUUCUUCCUGGGAUGUUAUUUCUUGGUGAUUGCAAUGGUGGACUCGGCACCGAGUCCAGAGGAACCCGCAUUUGAGAUUCCGGUACAAUUGCUUGGAUUUCCAGUGAUCAUUGCAGCUGUGAGGAUUACCAAUUUUGUGAAGAAGCUCGCGUAUUCGUUGAAUCCAGACACUUACGUCAACCGAGUAAGACGAGACCUGCCUUUGGUGUACAACGAAGAAAUCCUAGACGUUGGUCAAGUGGAAAAGAAGUUGGUGUCGGAGUUGGGAGGUAACGUUUGCGUUUACGAGAGAAUCUGCGCCAAGUACGCGACGGAAACUCUGCAAAAACGAAGUCGAGAACGAGCUUUAGACUGGGGUGUUAUUUUCAGCGAGUACAAAUCAUCGCCGAACCCGAUGAAGGAGAAUUAUUUAUUGAGCGUGUUCCUGGGCGACAUCGUAGGAAGCCCGCGACUCUGUCAUCAGCUGGCGAAACGAGGAAGAGGCUGCGACGAGGCAACGCUCGCGGAUUAA